AUGGGUAUUGUCGUAAUACUGGGUGGCGCCUACCUGCACCUGACCGGCCAAGAUGUUGAAGAUGCCGACCUGGGACUGGCGACCUCCGCAGGCCAGAUCGAUCCUUCCCAGCUUUCGUCCGUUUCAGUCGAGAGCGACUUUCUGGACUCCUCAGUCGAGUCCGAAUGGGGUUACUGCACCCAGUCUAUGAUCCAGGGCGAAAGCCUGGACAUAGAGCAGGUACGGGCAGACUUGGCAAAGACCGCCGAGUCCCUGGUCAUUAUUGGAGACGACCGGUUCAUCAAGGUGCACGUCCAUGUGGAAAACCCGGGUGUUGCACUUACCUACGGUGUAUCCCUCGGUGAACUGGACCAGAUAAAGAUUGACAACAUGAGCCUCCAGAACCAGGACUGGGCUUCGGGGCACCAGGGAAGGAAUGCUCCGAAGUCCGGCGUUGCUCUGGUAGCCGUGGCCCCUGGAGAAGGCUUGGCGCAGCUUUUCCGCGAAACUGCCAACGCUUCAGUGGUCAGCGGCGGACAGACCAUGAAUCCCAGCGUUGCCCAGUUGAUUAACGCUGCGGAAUCUUCUGGGGGAGAGGACGUCAUUCUCCUGCCCAACAAUAAGAAUGUCGCAAUUACUGCUGUCCAGGCAACAGAGCGGGAGAACGAAACUCAGAACCUCCACGUAAUCCCAACCUCCACUGUAUCCCAGGGCAUUGCCGCCGCUCUGGCUUUCAAUCCCCAGGUCACGGCGGAGCAGAACCUUCAGGCCAUGAACGAUGCUGUUGCUGCCGUGGUUUCCAUCGAAGUAACCAGGGCAAUUCGCGACACCACCGUUGAAGGUACUCCGGUGUCCGAAGGGGACUACAUGGGACUGGUUGAAGGCAAGCUGUCGGUUCUGGAGGCUUCGGCAGAGUCUGCCCUGUUGUCGACGUUGGCCGGAGUGGGCCUUUCAGACGACCAUAUUGUGACGGUGUAUUGGGGCGCCGACACCGACGAGGAGACCACCCAGGCGGUGGCCGAAAAAAUUGAAGAGCAGACCCCGGGAAUCCAGGUUGACUUGGUAUUCGGUGGGCAGCCCCAUUAUCCCUACUUUGCUUCCGUGGAGUAG